AUGGUAACAGAUAUCAAGGGGGAAAUCGUGGCUACACGCCCGGCUUCAGAGAGCGAUGGCCCGGCAACGACGAUCAGCCUCGAUCCUGUGAAGGAGGCAAAGAUGAUGCGCAAGUUCGACAUCUGGGCGCUUGGUUCGUUGGGCAUCCUCUACAUGCUGGCCAAUAUCGAUCGGAGCAACAUUGGUAAUGCUCAGGUCUCCGGCCUGCCCGCCGAUCUCGGCCUCAUUGGCAACCAGUACGGCACGGCUGUGACACUCCUUUAUGCCACCUAUGUUCCCUUUGAGGGUCCGGUCGCCGUUCUUCUCAAGAUCAUCGGCCCCAAGUACCUGCUCUCGUGCUGCUGCCUCGCAUGGGGGGUUGUCUGUCUCUGUACUGGCUUCGUCCAGAACUGGCAGGGUCUGUAUGCAUGCCGCAUGCUCACAGGCUUCUUCGAGGCCGGUUUGAUCCCUUGCAUCAACGUCUACCUCAGCCUUAUCUACAAGAAGGAGGAACGUGGCAAGCGGUCUUCUGUCAUUUUUGCCUUCAGUGCUCUGGCCAGUGCCUUUGGCGGCCUGUUCGCCUACGGCCUGACCCAUAUCCACACGGGGACCGAUUUCACGUCGUGGCGAGCCCUGUUUAUGUUGGAAGGGGCUAUCACGGUUCUUGUCGCACCAUUUUUCUUUUACUUCUUCCCUGACACGCCGCGGACCGCUUGGUUCUUGACGGAGGAGGAGAAGGGAAUGAUGGACCUCCGAUAUGAGCUCAAUCCACACUGGGGCAUUGACGAGAAGUUUACGUGGAAGGCCGUCCGCGAUGCCCUGACUGAUCCUAAGUGGUAUGCAUUUUGGAUCUUCCAGUUUAGCGUGGACAUCUCCCUGUACGGCUUCACGACUUUCAUGCCGACGAUCAUUAACGGCCUCGGCUACAAAUCUUACAAAGCCAAUCUUAUGACCGUCCCCGUCUACUUUUGGGGACUCUUCACGUUUCUCUUUCUGGCAUACAUGUCGGACAGGCAGCGUCUACGGGGCGCCUGGAUUGCAGCCGCACUGCUAUGCUUGAUUGUUGGAUACGCAUUGCUGAUAGGUGCAAAGAGUCUUGGCGUUCGCUAUUUUGCAUGCUAUAUCACCAUUAUGGGAAUCUAUCCGACGACUGGCCUCAGCAUGAUGUGGCUCAGCGACAACUCGGCACAACACUUCAAGCGGGCAACCAUGGUUGGUGGUGCGCUGACGCUCGGCAACACGGCCGGCGUUGCAGUGGGCCAGAUAUUCGUGACUGCCGACAAGCCGCGGUACAUCAAGGGCUUGUCGAUCGCGCUCGGCCUAGCCGUGGUGGCGCUCGUCUGUGUGACCUCGCUGGUGUAUGGCAUGAAUGCAGCCAACAAGAGGCGUGCAGAGCGCAUUCGGGUGGCAGAAGAGAAUGGCGAGCCGUUGCCACAUCAGCCGGAAAUGGGCGACUACGACGUGCACUUCAGGUACACCUUAUAA